CCCACUAAACCCCUUUUUCUGAAACACAAAACAACAGACGUUGACACCGAACUUUCUAACCAGACCGUCUCCUCUCGAAUCUUUUAUCUCCAACACCACACCAAUCUGCUUCAAAGCAAACCCUAACAAAAAAAAAAAAAAACAAAACAAAAAGAAACAAAAUUCAAUUUCCCCCUGAGAAACCCACCCAUACUAACCCCACUACUCUCUCUCUAUCUCUCUCUCUCUACAGUGUUAUGUGUCGCCCUCAAUUGCGACUUUUACACCACUCAGCACGACAUUUCUCUCUCUCUUUAGAGCUAUAUAUUUUUAUAUAUAUAGAUUUUUAGGGUUUGUUGUUUUGUUGAUAUGAAUCAGCAGCAGCAGCAACAACAACAACAACAACUGCCCCAGCAGCAGCAGCAGCAACAGGUGGUGAGCUCCGCGAGAAGCGGAAGUGCUGGUACUGCUGUUAAGGAGGGGGAGGAGGAGGGGGCGACGGUUCAGUUGGAGGCAGGUGCAGUUGCUGGAGCGGCAGCUAAGGGCUCCGAGAAAGGAGGUGGAGCGGAGCCCGUCGCGAGUGGUGCAGCACUUGAGGAAGAUUCCAUGGAGAAACUUGGGGAUCCGAUGGAGGAGGAUUCUGUGAGUCCGGCCACCGUGUUUUGCAUCAGGCUUAAGCAGCCUCGGUCCAAUUUGCAGCAUAAGAUGAGUGUUCCUGAACUGUGCCGCAAUUUCAGUGCUGUUGCUUGGUGUGGGAAGCUAAAUGGAAUAGCUUGUGCAUCUGAAACUUGUGCAAGAAUCCCAAGUUCAAAUGCAAACCACCCAUUUUGGAUCCCCAUACAUAUUAUGAUUCCCGAGCGGCCAACAGAAUGUGCAGUCUUCAAUGUAAUAGCCGAUUCUCCUAGGGAUUCUGUUCAAUUUAUUGAGUGGUCUCCUACUUCAUGCCCUCGUGCUUUACUAAUAGCUAAUUUUCAUGGGAGGGUAACUAUUUGGACCCAGCCUUCUCAAGGGGCACCUCAUCUGGUCAGGGAUGCUACUUGCUGGCAGCGUGAGCAUGAGUGGCGGCAGGAUAUUGCGGUUGUUACAAAGUGGCUGGCAGGGGUGUCUCCGGUGGCUUUCCUCAAAACCCAGUUCUCUCUCAAACCCAAAGUCAACUUUUGAGGAAAAGUUUCUUUCUCAACAGUCUCAAACUUCAGGU